AUGCAGCCACAAUCACUGAAAUUUACCAUCAGGUUGAAUAGGGAACAAAAUAUGUUUAAUGAUUCGACUGUCCCUAGUCACCUGAUUAGCAUGGAAAGAGAACCAAAUAUCCCAAAUUGUUCUACUCUUGGGGACCGCCUGGCGACCACUCCUCAGGAUCCAUUUUCUUCUACGGAGAGAGAAGAAGUUCAUAAUGUAGGAGAUGAAGAGAAUCAAGCUGAAAAUGCUCAAAAUCAGUUGGUGCUGUAUGACCCCGCAGUUGCUAAUAGUGCUUGUGCAGUUGAAGGGGCCCCAGAUUCCAUUGCACAUCAACCUUCAUCUUUUUCUAGAUUCCCCUUUACAAAUCAGCCAUCGAGGGUAUUACCGGCUGUAGGGGCUUUCACUGUUCAGUGUGCCAACUGUUUCAAAUGGAGGAUUAUUCCAUCAAAGGAGAAGUACGAGGAAAUACGGGAACAUAUUACAGAACAACCCUUCUUAUGCGAAACAGCUCGUGAGUGGCGGUCUGAUGUAUCGUGUGACGAUCCACCUGAUCUUGUGCAAGAUGAAAGCAGGCUUUGGGCAAUUGACAAACCCAACAUUGCUAAACCCCCUCGUGGAUGGGAACGACUUCUGAGAAUCAGAGGUGAAGGCAGUAACAAGUUUGCAGAUGUGUACUAUAUUGCACCUACAGGCAAGAGACUUCGAUCAACAGUCGAAAUUCAAAAGUACUUGGAAAAACAUCCAGAAUAUAUUGAAGAAGGUGUUACGAUGUCCCAAUUUUCAUUUCAAGUUCCAAAACCUUUGCAAGAAAACUAUGUCAAAAAGCGUCGUCCUCAUUCUGCACCUUCUUAUAAUGCUAUCAAACACAGGAUGCCAGCUCCUGAUCCCUCUAAAGCCAUAACUUGGGUUGUUCCUGAUGAGGACACAAACUUGCAACUUAGUGGAGGUCCAGGGCUCUCAACUCCUUAUUUCGAGGCUCCUAUUCUCGAGCAUGAAAGUCAACCAGCGAAGAAAAAGAGGACACCGACCAAACAGAGGUUCAAUGGUAAUUUAGUCUAUAAUGAACACGAGGUGAGCAUGGAACAAUCCCCUCAACUCUAA